AAUAUGAAAUUUUGGUAUUUUUCUGUUAACUGGACUACAGCCGAUAGGUACAGCAACGGGUAAGAUUCAGGCUGUGAAUGAGGGGUUUCGCACCAGCCCCAGAAUUGUUGAUCCUUCGCGAGAUAUUCGCCUCCAAUGAUCAGUUUUUAACAUGUAUCAGUAAACUGCCUAUUCUACAUGCGUCAUAUGUAGUUGUGCGUUUCGUGUUAGCAAUCGCUCUCACCUCGGCACCCGAUGGCAGCGAGCUCCUACAUCGCUUAAAACUAUAUAACAUCAAGUGGGCUACUUGAAGCCGGCACAGUCGCGUGGACUAAAUAGUUAAAUGCAAUAGUCUCAGCGGAUGACGGUAUCACGCAUCGGAUUAAAGUUACAACUAAAGUUAACAGAAAAGAACCGGAAUUUUCGAGUAAUAUAUAAAUUAUAACAAAAAUUAAGUCUAGAAGAAAAUCUUGCUAAUCGCAUUACAUUUUGUUGUUUGCUGAUAGAGGUUAUUUAGGUACAAUUGUGGAUGUGAAUGAUGCUGUUGGGACGUUAACAGAUCUAUAGAUCAUGUCCACAGGAGCAAAAAUGUCAAAGAAACCACACCUCUAAAUGAGACCCUUUGCGAGAUAUAGCCCCCAAACUUAGCUACGUGUGAUUGAGAGUCACACCAUGCUCUGCUAACACUAUCCCAUUUAACUAUUUAGCCCAUGUGACUAUGCUGACUUCAAGUAGCCCACUUAACUGUUCAUGAAGUAUUUGAUGUUAUAUAGUUUUAGGAGGAUAUGGGAGCUCGUGCCCACCUGGGCACUGAGGUGCUUGACUACAUGUGAAACAUCGGUCAAGGCAAGUGAAAGCAGGCCUUGACAAUUCAGAGCAUUCAGAAUAAGCAGUAGUACUGGUACAUGGAAAAAACGGUUUUUGAUCAAUAGAAGUUAAUGCAUUUAUUAUAGUUAUAGGCACUGAUCACUGGGCCUAUAACAUACUUUUCUUGCAAGCAUGAUGACCAGAGCUGCUGCCGAUGGAUUUCACAUUUGGAGGCAAAUAUCUUUCAAAGGCAUUCAUCAGUUUCCAAUACCCGAAGGAAAAAGUGGUCAACAAGCUGCCGAAAUUUUACAAAAACGAUUAGAAACAAUUGGAUGUGUAAAAGCAGGAACAUUUUGUGUGGAUUGUGAAACAUAUUAUUCUGCUCCACAUAUAAAUCCAAACAGAGCAAUUAAUGUAAUCCAUGAUAGUGAACAUCCAGCAACAUGUUUUGCACUUCUUGAUACAGGUACAUGUCUUGUUGCUGAUACCCAGUUUGAUAUGUUAAUGUUGAAAAUGGCUGGAAUUUACACACCAAAGAAAUCUACUAAAAUAGAAUCUAAAGGUCCCAGAUAUGAAGUAGCUGAUUUCCUUGUAAAAGUAGGAAGUGUUUCAAUGGGUCCCAGUUUCAGAGGAAUUCUUGUGGAAGUAGAAUAUUGUCCAUGUGUAAUUCCUUCUAACUGCUGGGAUUUGAUGAAAGAGUUCUUACAAGGAUUUAUGGGAAAUUGUGUACAGUCACCACCUCAAUAUCUACAAAGUAAAAUGAAUGAAUUAUAUACACCUGUAGAUACUGUCCAACAAUAUAUGGAGCAUUUCAAUUCUUUCAGACGAACCACAUCUGGUGGAAGGUGAACAGAAUUAUUUGUAUAAACAAAAUUUUUUUUCUUAUACAUUCUUGAAUUUGUAUCAUUUGAGGAUUAAAUUAUUUUUAGUAGUUAAAAACAUUCAAAAAGAAAAAGUGUAAAUA